GACUUUUCUUUUAAUUAGUAAUCAAUUAUAUACUUAAACAAGUAUCAUAUGUCCUAUGAUACUACAAGAUGAAAUAAUUAAGUUCGAUCAUAUUGUAUACAAGAUGAAAUAAUGUGUGUUUGGAUCAUAUGAUAUGACCAUUCUUGAUGAUUGCGGCAUUGACUCUUACAUGGAGAUGAUCAGUCUUGUCUUGUUAACUUUGAACUCUAUCUCUCCUUUACUUAAUUCACUCUAAUAUUGUUGUACAAAAUUUAUAUAUUCCUUAUUUUUUUCCCACUUUGAAUUGUCUUACAGAAGGAGAUCUUCCUAGGCGAAAUUCAUUUCAUUAUGUAACUUUUAAGCAGACUGCCUUUCAAAUUUUGACUGAAGCAUCAAUGUACAUAGUACAUUAGUGUACAUUUGCACAACAUUUAAAUGUAUGAUAUCCCAAAAAGUAGCUAAUAAUGCCAAAUGUUUAUUUUGUGUAUAUAUUAAAUUGAAUUGCAUUGGAAAUGUAUGUGUUAACAUUAACAUUUAUGUAAUUUUCUAACUUUGAAAGAUACAUUUUUGGUGAAUAAAUUAUUGAAUAUUUAAUGAUAACAUGUUGCUAUAUGUUUUUAUCUGCUCAUACAUGUUUUUAGAAAAAGAAUUAUAUAAUUUCCAAAUAAUAUGUAUAAAACAUUUUAUCCAAUAUUUUGGCACUCUUACUAUUGAUUUUCGUCAAUAACUAAUUUUCCCUAACGAUUUGAAGGUUUUGAAUCGAAGUUCAUAUAUCUUACUAAACCCAUAAUCAAAAUAUACAAUAUGAUUUCGACCCAAAUGACAUCAAAUCCUAUAACUUUGUCUUAACAAUCUAUAAAAAAAUCAAGUUUAUCCAAUAAGAAAGUUGUUCCAAAAACUAUUUUUACUAGAUCGACUCUGAUCUACAUGAGAAAAUGGUGUUUUGGUUCUUAGAUUUAUUUUCAAGGGAUUCUCUCAUAAGGAUAUAUAUAUAGUAUUAAAACUCCGAAGCUGAGUUUAUAUGAGUCUAUUUAAGUUGCUGACAGAAAAAUCAAACUCGAAGCUUUAGUUAUAAACAAAAGGAAACUAGCUCUGAAGCUAAUACCAACUAGUCAACCAAGUUGUUGAAUAUAACCACCAAAUCCGAAUAGUCUAUCUCAGUUUGAGGUAUAUUAAUACUUGAAUUACUGCAUGAUAUGGUAAUUCAAUUUGAAUUAAACAAUAAUAUAUUGAAGUAUGAUAUGGUAUACUAACAUAGUACUUUUUCAUGGUAUACUUAUUUAUAUGAUAAUUUAUGACAUAUUUAAUUUAUUAUAUUACUCAUGUUUUACAAUUUCCAUAUACGUUCUCGGAAAAAAUAUAUUAUAUUUUCUAAGUUUGAGUUCUGUUGACCAAGUAUUAAUAUACCAAAAUAUUUGGUCAACAGAACUCAAAUUUAGAAAACAUAAUAAUUUCUUUUCGGAAAACGUAUAUGGAAAUUGUAAAGUAUGAGUACUAUAAUAAAUGAAGUAGGUCAUAAUUAUCGUAUAAAUAAGCAUACCAUGAAAAACUACUUUGUUAAUAAAAGAAAACUUUUCUUAAAUUUUUUGGCCGAUCAUCUCUCCAAGCAUCAUAUUUUUCAUUCGUAGUGCAGGUUAGCCAUUGAAUGCUUAUUAUUAUCGUUAUAUUUGUUAUUUUUGUGAUAAUAUUUUAAUUAUUAUAAGUAAGUUUCAAGUUUUAAACAUCAAUAACAUGAAAAUAUAUGUAGAACUGUAAUUAAGAAUCAUUUUAACACAUUUCGACAGAAAAUAGCAUUUGAAACACUCAAUAUCCAAAUGAUUUUGGAUUUCAAAAAUAUGCAGUGUUUCGAUAGGAAAAUUUAAAUUUAAUACCAUGAAAUGAAAUAGUAAAAUGGUGAUUCGAUGAGUUGUUUAAAAUUAAUUUUGACAUGUUUUUUUAAUUUUGAAGAUAGAUAUUUAGCCGCGUGUAUAUUUAAAAUCUUUGAGUUAUAUUCUAAAUUUUAUGUUGCAAAAUUUACAUAUGGAAGUCUUUUUAAGUAUAUAAGUACAUAAAAAAUAUUAUUUUUUAUUUAAAACAACAUUGUGUAAUUUUAAUGAACUAUUUAAAAUAUUAAAUAAAUAUUAGUCCAAAUCAUGUUAUAAAUUAAUGGAUAUUAAUAGAUAAUUAAUAGAAUUAUAUAUUUUACAAUGAUUCUGAAAUGGAAACAAUUUUUCUUGAAGCAAAUUGAAGCCUUUUUGAUAGGCUUUUUUAAUAGAUUUAUUCGGUAAAACUAUGUAUAAAUGCAGACCAUGGGUUCAUUUAUUUAUUUAAUUUUUUUUGUCUCUCUUUUCUUCGGUUAAUAUUGUUUAUCAGACCAAAGAAAAAAAAAUGCGAACUAUGCGUUCAUUUGAUUCGAAUGUCUUUAUUUAUUUAUGGUAAUAUAUGAUUGAAUAAAUGAUCUUUGAUCCAGCUACAUAUUUCCAAGGUACUUUUUGGUCACUCGCUCUCUAAAUUGCAGUCUCUUAUGGUGCAGAGGAAUUGAACGAGAAUGAUCCAAGAUCAGCAAAAGUUAACUCAAGACUUACUUUCCUUGAUCCCCAAUGUUGUCAGGGAGAUGCCUCCUAUUUCAGCGUCAGAGACUGAUUGCUUGGUCUCCACGACUCUCUGUUUGUACGACCCAACAUGGCCUAAGAGCAGUGAUGAUACCAAGCUAUCUUGUGGGCCGAGAGGCAAUACAGGUACUGAAGAAAAAGAGAACUCGCUGAUGAAGCUUAAGCUUCUCUCGAAUGAAGGAAGACAAGAGGAGGAGCAGUACGGCGUCUCAACAGAGUUAACUCUGUGCACCGAUCCAUGGACCAUCAAGAAGAAACUGACUAUAAGCGAUCGUAGCCGUCAAAACUGUCUUCUUCUGAAUCCCAGAACCGUACAUAGCCACAUAAUGAGAUAUCUCCCUGAGGUUAACCAAAAGAUGGUCCAAGAAGGCUCAGGGUUAACAGUCGACGUGUAUGAUCACAAUACUCACACUACGCACCAGAUGCUUCUAACGAAACUGACCAGGCGUGGAUCCUAUGUUCUCAGUGGUGGAUGGCUUAUGGAUUUUGUCAUCAGGAGGGCUUUGAAGGCGAAAGAUGAGAUUGGAAUGUAUUGGGAUCUUUCUGAUUCGAAGCUUCAUUUCUGCGUGCUUUCUCGUGCACCAACAAGAGUCGGCUCAGGUUCUGUUCUUGCAGUACCAUCUCAGGCACCAAUAGAAGUUAGAUCAGGCUCUGUUCUUGCAGGUCAAUCUCAGGCACCAAUAGAAAUUAGCUCAGGCUCUGUUCUAGCAAGUCCAUCUCAGGCACCAAUAGAAGUUAGCUCAGGUUCUGUUCUUGCAGGUCCAUCUCAGGCACCAAUUGGAGUUAGCUCAGGAUCUGUCACAAUAGCAUCCUACUCUCCCCUUCUAGCAGAUCCAUAAAACCCUGGGUGUCCUAGAUUCUUCUUUCAUAUGUCAUCGUUGUUGUGGUUUUGUUUUUGUU